AAGUCGUCUUAUCCCUAUAUCCUUAUCCAAAGAAGACUUGAUCACAGCAUUCCCCAUUCCAAGGCAGAGCAGUAGCAAUGUCGUCCACACUUUCAAUUGGGCUGGCAUCUUCGUCUUCAUCCGUACAGCGUUGCAGAGGAAUUCCUGUGAGGCAUGGAAAGGGAAGGAAGAGGAAGGGUGUGGGAGUUGUAUGCGCGGUGGGAGAUGUAUCAUCUGAGGGCACUGUUUAUUUAAUAGCUGGAGCCGCGGCCGUCGCCCUGCUUGGAACUGCAUUUCCGAUUCUCUUCUCGCGCAAAGACCUGUGUCCCGAGUGUGAUGGAGCAGGGUUUAUUAGGAAAUCUGGCUCCACUCUCAGAGCAAACGCUGCAAGGAAGGAUCAGGGUCAGAUUGUCUGCCCUAACUGUAAUGGCCUUGGAAAGCUAGGGCAGAUUGACAAAUAGAGUCAUUCGCCACUGCGCUGUUCGGUUGUUGCUGUCAAUUCUCUUUGUUUUGUUCGGGAUAAAAGUUGUCUGAAUAUUUACUGUAAAAUCUUUUGAAUUUGAAUGAAAUUGUGUUGAAUUACAUCA